AUGACAUCGAAUCUUAUAAAUUAUAUUGGAACAAAUCUUGAUCCUCUUAUAGAAUAUGCAGAAGAGCCUCUUCUACCACUUUAUAAAGCAUGUGCUCCACUUGAAAAUAUCAUCGAUGAUUUAUCAUUGUAUAUUAAAUUAAUACUUGAUGAAACACCAGAACAACCAUCUGAUGGAUUAACAAUUGAUGAAAGUGCUGCAAUUCGUCUGUAUACAUUCGAAUGGAAUGUAUCAUAUCGAAGUCUCUAUUCAAUGAUCAAUCGAGCUCUUAAAAACAAUGAUCAUGAAGCUCUUCGACCAUAUUUUAAGUAUCUCAAACUAUUCUUAACUGCUCUCGUUAAACUACCAUGUGUUCCACCAAUGACUGUUUGGCGAGGAGUAACUAGAAAUUUAACUGUAGAAUUUUCUGUCGGUACUCAAGUCAUAUGGUGGGCAUUUUUAUCAUGUACUACUGAAAUGACUGUUCUCGAGAACGAAUUGUAUUUAGGAAAUAGUGGUAAUCGAACUACAGAAGAUGAAGUUCUUCUUCUACCUGGUACUCAUAUGAUUGUUCAAUCACAAUUGAGUCCAGCACCUGAUCUUUAUAUUAUUCAUUUGAAACAAGUUAGACCUGAAAAAGUAUUACUUGAACCACUAUUUUCAGGUAUGUCAAAGAAUAUCUGUUAUUUGUUUUAA